CACCCCAGGUCGUGCAGCCCCUCCCCACACCCCGAGCACAAUGGGCAAGGAGAAGACCCAUAUCAACAUUGUGGUCAUUGGCCACGUGGACUCAGGCAAGUCCACUACGACAGGCCACCUCAUCUACAAAUGUGGAGGCAUUGACAAGAGGACCAUUGAGAAGUUUGAGAAGGAAGCUGCAGAGAUGGGGAAGGGCUCCUUCAAGUAUGCCUGGGUGCUGGACAAGCUGAAGGCAGAGCGGGAGCGUGGCAUCACUAUCGACAUCUCCCUCUGGAAGUUCGAGACCACCAAAUACUACAUCACCAUCAUUGAUGCCCCGGGUCACCGCGACUUCAUCAAGAACAUGAUCACUGGCACAUCCCAGGCGGAUUGUGCUGUGCUGAUCGUGGCUGCGGGAGUGGGCGAAUUCGAGGCGGGCAUCUCCAAGAAUGGGCAGACUCGGGAGCACGCACUGCUGGCCUACACGCUGGGCGUGAAGCAGCUCAUUGUGGGAGUCAACAAGAUGGACUCCACAGAGCCUGCCUACAGCGAAAAGCGCUACGACGAGAUCGUCAAGGAGGUCAGCGCCUACAUCAAGAAGAUCGGCUACAACCCGGCCACUGUGCCCUUCGUGCCCAUCUCUGGCUGGCACGGUGACAACAUGCUGGAGCCCUCGCCUAAUAUGCCAUGGUUCAAGGGCUGGAAAGUGGAGCGUAAGGAAGGAAACGCCAGUGGUGUGUCCCUGCUGGAGGCCCUGGACACAAUCCUGCCCCCUACGCGCCCCACGGACAAGCCCCUGCGCCUGCCUCUGCAGGACGUGUACAAGAUUGGUGGCAUUGGCACUGUGCCUGUGGGCCGCGUGGAGACAGGCAUCCUUCGGCCUGGCAUGGUGGUGACCUUCGCACCCGUGAACAUCACCACGGAGGUGAAGUCGGUGGAGAUGCACCACGAGGCUCUGAGUGAGGCCCUGCCCGGAGACAACGUCGGCUUCAACGUGAAGAAUGUGUCCGUCAAGGACAUCCGCCGGGGCAACGUGUGUGGGGACAGCAAGUCUGACCCCCCCCAGGAGGCUGCCCAGUUCACCUCCCAGGUCAUCAUUCUGAACCACCCCGGGCAGAUCAGCGCUGGCUACUCUCCGGUCAUUGACUGCCACACGGCCCACAUCGCCUGUAAGUUUGCAGAGCUGAAGGAGAAGAUAGACCGGCGCUCGGGCAAGAAGCUCGAGGACAACCCCAAGUCCCUGAAGUCGGGCGACGCGGCCAUCGUGGAGAUGGUCCCAGGGAAGCCCAUGUGCGUGGAGAGCUUCUCCCAGUACCCGCCUCUCGGUGAGUGGGGUCGGAGGGAGGCCCAGCCCUGGCGGCUCUCGGUCCGCGACUGGAUGCUCGCCAUCAAGGUCCAGUGGAAGUUCUUCAAGAGGAAAAGCGCCCCGCCCUAG